AUGGAUCGUUUCAUCGCAUUCCUGCUCGCUGCCUUACUAGGAGAGGCCUUUAGUGCGCCACUCCAAGAACGUGUCGUCUAUCCCAAGCUUCUCGAAGCAAGAGGCAUCAACGGAGAAAAAUUGCUGCAUAUCGAAGAGGAGCUUCUACUUACACUAGAAAAAAGCUCAGUCCUAGCAGAAGAUUUUACCUUGGUUCAAGAAGACGGAAGAGAGCAACACAUGAGCGGAAAGGAGCUCGAAAAGCAUUUGUACCAUGACAAAUACCAUAUGGCAGUCCUUUCAAUAGAAGAAGUGGCCGGAGGUUUGGAGGUGAAAGGUGUUCUGAGUGACGAGUUGAGGAUUGAACCUUUGCCAUUGGAAGCGCGCUCUGAGGACGGAAGAAUCGCGCACAAAGUUUCCAUGAUUCAGAAGGCAGAUCACUAUGAUAAUGAUUACAUAGUGACCCCUGAUUCUGCGGUCUCAGAAAGAUCCUGGAGCUCAGCUCAAGAAACGGGGCUCACGGCGGAGACAGUGUUUGUCGAAGUGAAGAUUUUAUGCGACCCUCGUCAUCAUCGCCAUCCUCACUUCAAGAAACCAAAAGAGGCGCUGGUGUACUUGGCUGUCUCCCUGUUUUCGGUAAACCUUCGAUACGCAGCGCUCACCGGCCCAGCUGUUCAAUUUCUUCUCACCGGUGUGAUCCUGCUUGCGAACUACUCGCACGUAGUGACGGUGCCUCCAACACCAGAUGGUUUUGUCAGCGAACAGGUCGGGUACCUAGACUCGGAAGGAUCGCUAAAGAAAUUAUCAUAUCACUUUCAAACAAAGCAGCUUAACGUUACUGCAGACGUGAUCCUUUUCGUCACAGGCUUGGACAUGCUCAUAAUGCAGAAUUACAAUUGGAACCCUAAAAUUCAUGGAUUAGCUUACGUUUCAUCCAUUUGCACCGCCACCCGCAUCGCCAUUGUUGAAGAUACCCCAGGAGAUUACAGGAUGAUCGACAUCGGAACGCACGAACUGGGACACUCGUGCGGCAGUGAGCACGAUGGAGAUCGACGGAGGAACAAUUUUUGCGACCCUUAUGCAGGGUGGAUUAUGAGCCCUGUCGGACGCGGUGGACGUAACAACGAAUUUUCAGAGUGCUCAAAAAAGCGGAUUCGUCAGUUUAUGAGAACCUUGACUGCAAGCUGCGUUCUUGUGUCAUCAUCAGUCAAUCGCCUUGCAAACGUCACGCACCUUCCAGGAACCGGGAUGGGCACGUCGUCGUUAUGUAAGGCGCGUUAUCCUUAUGGAGACAACCGUGACACGCAGGACGAAAAACAUUAUCCAGACUGUAAAGCAUCUUGCCUAAAUAAUUACCAACAUCCGGUUCAGGAAACCCUACUCGAUGGAAUGCAGUGUUCAGAAACGAAGAUAUGUCUCAAAGGCGAGUGCAAAAAUAAACCGGAGGACUUAUUCCCGGUUACUAAGAAAACUGUGACUAAAAACAAAACCCAACGGGGAAAAAAGUAA